AUGAACGCACCGUCGCUGGUGCGCCAAUUCCUGCGGCCCGCAGGCUCCGGCCUGCGUAAUCUUUCCGAAUCGACGUUGCGGCGCCCACAAUGGCGGUGCCCACAAUGCGCGGCGCGGAGGAGGCCGCAGCAGUUGCAGCAGCGCCGCUUCCAGAGCUCGCAGCCUGGCCCACAGCCCGGAGACGACCCCUCCUUCACCUCCAUCGUCGACCAGCCGGCACAGCUGGUCAAGACAGGACGGAGGCAUGGCCCCGGCCUGAUCAUCCUAGCGCUCAUCCCCAUCACUGCCUUCGCGCUCGGAACCUGGCAGGUGCAACGGCUGGGCUGGAAGACGGACCUGAUCGCACGCCUGGAAGACCGGCUGAUUCAGCCUCCGCUGCCGCUGCCGCCUCGCAUCGACCCGGACGCCGUCUCCGACUUCGACUACCGCCGUGUCUACGCGACGGGUGUGCUGAACCACCGCAAGGAGAUGCUGGUCGGCCCACGCCUGAACGAUGGCGAGGACGGAUUCUUGGUCGUGACACCGUUGGAGCGCGCCGGUGAGGAUGGACAGCAGCAGACGGCGUCGAUACUGGUCAACAGGGGCUGGAUCCCCAAGGACAAGAAGAUGCAUAGGGACAGAGAUCCCGCGGCGCUGCCGCGUGGUGAGAUCACGGUGCAGGGCUUGCUGCGGCAGCCGUGGAAGAAGAACAGCUUCACUCCAGACAACAAGCCCGCACAGGGCGUAUGGUAUUUUCCGGACGUCUCCGAGAUGGCGGAAUGGGCGGGCACGCAGCCUGUGUGGAUUGAGGAGACGAUGAAGCCGGACCUUAUCGAGUCUAUGGACCGCGCAGCCAAGGGCAUUCCCCAAGGUCGGGCACCGGAAGUCAAUCUUCGCAACAACCACACGCAGUACAUUUUCACCUGGUACGCCCUUUCCGCCGCAACAUCUAUCAUGCUCUGGAUGGUCAUCAAGAAGCCCGCUGGUGGCGUUGCGCGCCGUGUUCGCCAGAGUAGAGAAUGGUAG